GAUUUUCAAAUGUCUAAGCCACGACAGCGAAGAGGACUUAGCGAAAGUGUAGAUAAUAAUCUAUGUAUGAAUUGGCAUCAAGGAACCAUAAGGGAUGACACCGAUUUCGAUGAUGAAUUACAUGAAGUUGGAUGA